AUGGCAAUCACAAUUCUCCCACCCGUGGUAGAGGACGUUACUCCCUACCAUGCCGACUCCGACGACUCCAUGUCCGGCGCAGACUCAGACUCAGACGUUGAAAUGAGCGGCGUCUCUCGACCUAACAAGAAACCGCGCACAGGAAACGGGAAGAUCAGUUCAGGAAUUGUCACUCCCGGAGAGAUUGUUACAGCUGAUCCUAAAUGGAUGAGGGGUCACGGCACAUACAUGAACCCUCUCUCCACCUCAAUUAUCGCCACAGUCGCCGGCAAAGUCCAACAAACCAAUAAAUUGCUCUCAGUCCACCCGCUCCGCGCCCGAUAUAUUCCCGAAAUUGGAGAUUUAGUGGUGGGACGCAUUGUCGAAGUGCAAUCGAAACGAUGGAAGGUCGACGUCGCCGCCCCGCUACUGGCGCAGCUCCCUCUCUCCGCGAUCAACCUGCCCGGCGGUAUUCUGCGUCGACGAACAAGCGCCGACGAACUUCAGAUCCGAACUUUCUUCAGCGAGGGUGACUUGGUGGUUGCCGAAGUACAAAGUGUGCACCAAGAUGGUUCAGCGUCGCUUCAUACCCGAUCUUUGAAAUAUGGAAAGCUUCGAAAUGGCGUUUUCCUUGCUGUCACUGGAACGGGAGGUAGCGGGGCAUCUAGCUCUAGCGUGAAGGGAGGUGUUGGAUCCGGAUCCGGGUCCUCGGCCGCAGCGGCUUCAAGUGGCACUGGAGGAGGAGUCGUUCGAUCACGGCGACAAGUAUGGACACAUACUACCGCCAAUGGUGGUGGUGAGGUGGAUAUUAUCCUCGGCGUGAACGGAUAUAUCUGGAUCUCCAAGCAUGCGGAUGGAGCCGAGGCGGUCUCGUCCACCACAGAGAAUGUUUCGAUUACGCGCAUGGAAGAGAUGGUUUCAAGUUCAAUUUAUUCCAGCCAAAAUGACGACGUUCCGCCACAGACCCGCCGGGAGAUUGCGCGGUUGACACAAUGCGUUCGAGUUUUGGUGCAAGGCGGCGUGCGCGUGGACGAAGACACCCUCACGGACUCGUACGAGGCCAGUUUACAGGUUGAUCUGGAAGUCGGCGAUGAUGAAGAGGAGGAAUAUGGGCAAGAGGGCCGGGAAUAUCUGGAGGGGGCCAAGGCUCGGCGAAUUUUGGAGCUGACGAUGCAGGGGAAGUAG